AUCGAGGACACUCUAACAGCAGCGAAGACCGACAACGAACACACUCUACCAACUCUGAGACAUGAUUCUUGUGUUGUUACUCGCAUUGGUUGUGGUAUCCAGUGGUUUGCAAGAUUGCAACCCCGAAUAUCAAGAAGAUACCCAGGAUUGUACUUAUUAUAAAAACCAGGGUGACUGUACGAAUAAAUGGGCGGAAUGGAUGAAAACAAACUGUAAAAUAGCGUGUGGUUACUGUCAAGUGGCGUCAACUACGCAACCUCCUACACAGUCACCGUCUACCUCUGUACCAGUUACACAAACUCCUAGUACGCAGACACCGUCCAACUUUGAUUCGGCUUGUCUUCAGGCCCAUAAUGCCAAGCGCAGCGUGCACAGUGCACCAGACCUCACGUGGGACAGUGGCUUGGCUGCUACGGCAACAAGUUGGGCUCAACACCUUGCCAGUACAGGCGGCUUUUCCCACAGCACGGGGAAUUAUGGUGAGAAUAUCUAUUACUCUUGGGGAACUAACGAAGGGACUUGCGAGCAAGCCGUACAAAGUUGGUAUGACGAGAUAAAAGACUAUGAUUACCAGAAUCCUGGAUUUAGUUCCAAAACUGGCCAUUUCACCCAGGUUGUCUGGAAAUCCUCCACCAAACUGGGAGUUGGCAAAGCUACAGCGGACGAUGGUGGUGGUUACAAAAAAACCUACAUCGUGGCGCAGUACACUCCCGCUGGCAAUUCUGGUGCAUAUGCAGCUAAUGUAUUACCUAAAAACGCGUAAAAUGAGGUCAUUUCCACAUUCACUGAUACUAUAUCACAGUGAUAUACGCUCAUUGUAGACUUUCAAUACGAACGAUAAUAAAACGUUUUGAAAAAGAAUAAAUAGUGUAUAAGUAA